AAAUAAUAAUGUGCUUAUUAAAUGUCACAUUGUUUUGCCUCUCAGACUUUUUGUUCUGGUGGUUCUGAACUUGGGGCUGUUCUUUAAACUUUGGGCCAUGGAAGAUGUCGCUCACCGUUUGUAUCUGAACACCAAGCACAGAAUGAAGGAGAGAGUAGAGUCUAGUAGUUUAGCACCUGACUUAGGCCCCAGAGAGGGCAUGCCACACAGAAGUCGAGAAGAAGCGCAUUUACUGAGGGCAGUACUGCAGGACUCCAUUAACCUUCUAGAACAGCUACGCAGUUCUCUUGUGGUGCUUCAGCAGAACUUUCAGCUCUACAACAGAUCCUCCUCUCAGCUUUAAAUGGCAUUGAGUUUGGUGACCUGACAACACAAGGGUAUUCUUCCCAUAAGACCUGUCCUCGCUGAGGAGUGUUGCCAUA